AAAAUUAUGGCAUAUAUGAGCAGAUUAAUCAAUAAUGAAAAUAAUCACAAAUUAUAGCCCAAAUUUACCUAUUGACUUAUUAAAGAAGAAGAAGGAAAUGGGGAAAAGCAAAGGAGCAAUGUUUUGCAACUCACUCCUCACCAGGGCUUUUACUGUGAAAGUUACCACCGGAAGCUGUUUGUCGUUACUGCGUGGAGCUUGAUGGCAGUAGGAGGGGAGCGGGGAAGGGGACUGCGGUGAUAAACAAACACACGCAGUGGAGUCGUUAGUACCUUGUGGAGCUCUGUAGCAGCGGCUUGGCAGCACCGGCUGUCUCCCAGGAUAGCCGACCUCCUUCACGGAACGAGCUCUAAAGCCAAACCCGGGUUAAAAAUCCAGGAUUUUAUCUGAAAAACCCAGGAUUUUAUCCGUCCUUGCCCUCUCUCUCUCUCUCUCUCUCUCUCUCUCUCUCUCUCUCUCUCUCUCUCCCUCUCUCCCCCCCCUCUCUCUCACUCCUUCCCCCGGACUCGGCUUAUGUGACACAUUAACGUCCCGGCGGCGAAACGAGCGAAACAUGACGGAGCUGAGGAAGCGAGGCGGAGGCGGAGGAGACCCCGACAGCACGGAGAAUAUCAGCGACAAGGAGGCCGACAGUGACGACAGGUUGGGCCUGCAAGUCGACGCAGAGGGAGAGUGUGACGGUGACUCCAAACCAGACACUCCAGAUGUUCCUCUCUCCACAGCAGACACAGACAACACUCCACAAUGCCUGAACAAAGCUCUGGAGGGCCUGCCGCCCAGAUGGAAGAACUACUGGAUACGAGGGGUUCUGUCUUUAGCCAUGAUUUCAGGCUUUUUCCUCAUCAUCUAUAUGGGACCUGUCACUCUUAUAUUAGUGGUCAUGACGGUCCAAAUCAAGUGUUUCCAAGAAAUCAUCACCAUUGGCUACAGGGUUUACCAUUCCUACGAGCUGCCCUGGUUCAGGACUCUCAGCUGGUAUUUCCUGAUUUGCGUCAACUACUUCUUCUAUGGUGAAACCGUGGCGGACUACUUCGGGGCUCUGGUGCAGAGGGAGGAGCCUCUGCAGUUUCUGGCUCGCUAUCACCGCUUCAUCUCUUUUGCUUUGUACCUCGCAGGUUUCUGCAUGUUUGUGCUGAGUUUAGUGAAGAAACAUUACCGCCUGCAGUUUUAUAUGUUUGCUUGGACCCAUGUGACCCUGUUGAUUGUGGUAACUCAGUCCCACCUUGUCAUUCAGAACCUGUUUGAAGGAAUGAUCUGGUUCAUCGUCCCGAUCUCCAUUGUGAUCUGUAAUGACAUCAUGGCCUAUCUGUUUGGGUUCUUCUUCGGCAGGACUCCACUGAUCAAGCUCUCGCCCAAGAAAACCUGGGAGGGCUUCAUCGGAGGUUUCUUCUCCACUGUGGUCUUUGGCUUCAUCCUGGCCUACCUCCUGUCUCAGUUCCAGUACUUUGUGUGUCCCGUGGGCUUCAACAGUGAGACCAACGGGUUCACAGUUGAGUGUGAGCCCUCUGAUAUCUUUGUGAUGCAGGAGUAUACUCUCCCCGCCGUGGUACAAAACACACUGAGAUGGAAAACGGUGAACCUGUACCCCUUCCAGAUCCACAGCGUCUUCCUCUCGUCCUUCGCUUCUCUCAUCGGGCCAUUUGGCGGCUUCUUUGCCAGCGGCUUCAAGCGAGCCUUCAAAAUAAAAGACUUCGCCAGCACCAUCCCCGGCCACGGCGGCAUCAUGGAUCGAUUCGACUGCCAGUACCUGAUGGCCACCUUCACGCAUGUCUAUAUAGCCAGCUUCGUCAGAGGACCGAACCCCAGCAAGGUGCUGCAGCAGCUGUUGAUGCUCCAGCCGGAGCAGCAGCUCAGCAUCUUCCACACACUGCACUCCCAGCUGAGAGAGAGGGGCAUGCUGCCCCCCGCCGCUGCCCAGGCUGAGUGAAGAGGCCGCCAGCUUCACGGGGUGAUGACUGGAGAGAGAGAGAGAGAGAGAGAGAGAGAGAGAGAGAAAGAGAGGUGGAGAGUGUGUGAUGGUCUGGAGAGUUUAAGUUGUGUAAGCAUGUAUACACACACACACACACGUGCACUGACACACACACUCUUUAAGUAUGCCCGUAUGGUGUGUGUGAUCCCAGGCGUCUCUCAGAGCGUCCGUCGUCAUCCUGCCGCCUCUUCAUUCGACUCCAACCAGCUGAAAAUCACGACUCUACAGACUACGUGGAAGAACCUCGUAGUAACUAAAGGAAAAAAAACAACAACAAAAAAACAACACAACAACAAAAACGGGCGGCUUCGUUGCUUUUCCCACAUGGACCAGAACAUAAACUAUGACACGCCUCAUGAGCGAACAGGCAGUCCCCCAUCCUGAAGACUCACAGACUGGAGAUAAAACGUCUCAUCAAACACAAACGGAUUUUAAAGCACACGGCUCUCUCAGCGCAGGGUGGAUGGUGGAUGUGCGGUUUCCCCGUGGACGGCAAAUAUUGCACUGAAUUCAGCUGAACAAACGGAUUUAAGAAGCUUUUACCAGCAUAACUGGGCCCAGAGUUUGUUUUUGUUUUUUUGUUUUUUUGGGCACGUGGACCUGAGCUACAGCGAACAGACUGUUGAGACUCGUCUUUCUGGGGUUUUUCGGGUGCGGGGGAAGUAACGACGCAGCAGGGUUGUCGAACAUACUGUAGACACUGUUUUAUAGACUAUGCUCUAUUUCAUGAUCUUAACCUCACAGCGCAACAAAAAACAUGUAGCAUGUUCGCGAGUCCUGUCCCGGGCUUCUGCUAAACUAAGCCAUGUUUAUUCUCCUCUUCCACAGCGUGAACUCUUAGCUUUUAGGUUUCUGUCUGACUCUUUAACUAACUCGCACAAUGUUGAGUCAAUAAUGUUUGACUGUAGGCAUGUUAACGCAGACACUAGAGCAUCAGCUGUGCACUCAACACGCAAGUUAAUGUAUUGUACAUAGAUAGAUAUAUUGAAGAUAUUUAGCUGAACAAAUACCUAAUAUAUAAUAACUACUCAUGUGACCUGCUGGGGGAAAAAGAACACUUUUAAACUAUGAGGAAUAAUAUGCAAAACAAAAAAAGGAGAUGUAACUCAUUUGUAGCCUUUAGCAUGAACAAAUUAGAUUUUUAACAGGUAGGGAUGUAGAUUUGAUCUGAGGUUGCUGCUUAUUUAGAGGGUGAACUUUUACUAGAGAAUGUAAUAAGAAUUUAAAGGAAGAGUUUGACAUUUGGGAAACAUGCUUGUUUGUUUGUUUUUUUUUUUUUUUUUUUUUUUACUGAGGAUUAGAUGAGAAGAUUGAUACCACUCCAGUUUCUGUGGAGCGAGAGCCAGGAGGCAAUUAGCUUAGCUUAGUAUAAAGACUGGAAGUGGGGGGAAAAUGCUAGCCUCAGUUAACAACAGCUAGGUGCAGUAACUUCCCAUAGUUUUCUUGUCACAGUAAUCAGACAAGUGCAAACAGUUAAUAAGAAUUAAUGCUAACGACUAGCAUUCUAGCUUUUUAGAGACAGUGGAGUGACCUAGUUUCAAGGGGGCCAGUUGCACAAACACUUAAAGUUUAUUUUUCUCCUUAGCUGAGGGAGUUGCUGCUGUCUCAUCCUCCUGUUGUUUUGACGGGAACUUCACCUUUUAAAGUAUUUAAACUUGGAGAGCGACACAGCACACCGCUGUCGUGUAGACUAUGAUGACCAGACAUCCCUGUUUUCUGGAGCAGGAGUCCGACAGAGGGGGCUGCUAGCUAUAGCACCUUUAGAAAUGAAGCUAAAACCUUCUAAAUAGAUUUAUCCAAUCAGUUCUUUCUUUUUCUUUUUGUGUUGUUUCUAGGCAAAGAAAAGGUCAGCUGGCUCACUCAUUGGUUAGUUAGUUCAUUACGGGGCAGUAAACUAAUAAAAACAAACAUACACAAAGCCCCCCAGCCAGAACUUGAAGAAAUAGUUGUUAUAUUGGACCCUUACGAACUGAAGAAAUAUAAAUAAUCGUGGAUUAGACAGACACUCAGACUUCAGAACUGCUUCAAAAGUAGGGAGUUCUCCUUCACUAUAGUUUACAGAGUACAAUGGUUACCAUGGUCAAAAUACAUGAAACACGGACUGUUCCUCUUUUUUAUUUAAUAGGUAAAAACAUUGGAUAUAUUAAAAAUACAUUGACCGUUGAACUGGAAAUAUCCCCGGUCCUCCUUUCAGAAAUCUGGUCACUUUACUGUGGACAUGAAAUACCUCGACUAACUGACUGGAAAGAUCCGUAACUAUUAAUAACGAAGGAGCUGGAACGAGCACAGCUUCAGAAAGCUGAGUAAUCCACCUCGUAGACAGUUUGACAAAUCAUAAACUGACUGCCGGUUAAAUCUGUACUGUAGAAUCAAUUCCUAAUCGCUAAGGGUGUCCAUCGGGUUCACCCACUCCUUUUGGGAUGAGUUCAUUUCCUUGAUUUAUCACCGUAGACCAGGUCACGUUGCAGAUAAGAAAGUUAGAGGUACUUUUAGUGUUUUUUUCUUAGUUUUGUUGCUAAUUUCUUUUGUGCAACGGCUUGAUCAACUUUAAAUGAUUUUUAAGUAUAAGACUAAGAUAAAGAGAAAAUAUUAAAUACUUUAAGAAAACCUUAAGGAGAAGACUUGAAGGAUUUCGUGCAACCAUUUUUAUUUUAAGGAAAAUUUAACUCAGACUUGAAGGAAAAUCUUAACUUAAGGUGUUUUGUGCAACUGGUCCCAGGAAAUCAUAAGUGUAAAAUUGUUACUGCCAUCAAUGACACGACCCCAUGAGAUGUGAACUGUGGGGGCAAAAGUUUAAAGUUUACUUUAACUUUAGUGGAAAAUAGCCGAGGUGCGGCUCCAAUGAAAAUAAUGAGCUCAGUUGAAUUUCUUCACACUCUCUGAAAGGAAACAAAUACGCACGUUUCCCAAAAUGUGUGAACUAGUCCUUUAAAGAUAAAUGACCGUGCUUCCUUUAUCGAUUUAACCAAUGAUUUUAGUUGCACUGUAGCGGUGGAGGUGGGAGGGGGGCGGGGCUGGAGGGGGCAUAGGACCCAUCAGACCUCUCUGACGGGUCCCACAUCCUCCAUGUUUGUUAAGCUCUUGAAGAAAAACUUUCUAUUUUAGUCUUCUUACAUGUUAAAUCACUGUUGUAUGAUUUAAGUUUUGAAUGUAGUUUGCAAACGAAGAUGUUAUCGACGAUAAGAUCUGAGUACACGUGGAGCCGAGAUGCUGUUCGAUAUGUGUGUAUAUACAGUAUAGGCAGUACUGUAUUUACACAUAUGUUCCAAGUAUAUAAAAAAUCUGAUCCAUUCUGAUGGUUAUAUGAGCAAUAUUUUCAUCUUAUGCAAGUUGAAGUUUGGAUUGGAUCGUUAAAAUCUGCAUGAAAUUUGCUGCACGUCUGAUGAACCAAGUUUCACCAGCGUGACGAACCAGAUGAUGCAUCAUGAGCGUGUAACGAGGCUGCGUUUGCGAUGAGAUUUCUCUGACUGAAUCCAGAGAUAAAUGUUUACCAAAGCACUGUCUGAUUAACACUGAUUUCCUCUUAUUACUGAGAAAAAGCUCCAGGGUCCAGGUCCGAGCGGUCGUGUCCUUCCUGUUUCGACUUCCUGUCCUUGUUCUGAGAAAUGAGGAGAGUUGGGGAGCUGGGCGUCAGACUGGGGUACUAACAUUUACAUCCGUGGUUCGUGCAAUGAGUUUUAUUUUAUUCUCGUCCCUUCCUUCAGUUGUUGGACGAGGAGGAUGUUUUAAUUUAUUUGUCCAGUUUGCUCAGUUUCCUCAUAGAAUUGCAUUUUAGCGUGUUUUCCCCAUUGGAAGUGAAUGGGGUGGGGAGGGGUGGGGGUUUUGCUGGGUGGAUUUUUGGGACCAGCUGUAUUGUUCUGUGUAAAGCUAAAACUCAAACACACACUACUGCUUUAAAGGCUUUUCUGUGUUCAACCUUCACUGUCCAACAAGAUGAAGAAAAAGCACGUUAACAUCUGGACAGAAGCAAUCCGACCAAAAACAGGCGACAAAAAUCAACACAGACGGUCACAUUACUAAAGCUGUUGUUUGGAGUCUCGAGUGUGUCACCGGAAUAAUUAAACACUGUGACUCAUCAAAUUUAUGUGUUUCAAAGAACUAAAGUUUACAUUUAAUGAUGCUAUUUCAUACUAUGAAAUGUUGAAACUGUACAAAGUUAUAAAAUUAUCAUCUUCUAUUUCUUUUUGUGUCUUCCAUGAAUAAUAGAUGGAUUUUAUAUUAGAUUUUUUUUUUUUUUUUUUUUUUUUUUUUUAAGAAGACUUUUGUAGGUUUUACACUUUUAUUUGUUAGUUUCUUUAAUUUCUAUUUAAUGAUCACUUAAAUUUAAAUCAUUUUUGAUUAGUUGAUUUGUUGUUUUGUCUGUAAAAUGUCAAAAAAAAAAAUUCCUGGUCCAACCUGAUGAUGAGUCUAAAACAGAUCAAUCAUUUUUACUGAUUGUACAUUUAAUAACUUUACAUAGUUUCAUUCAAAUACAUUGAUUAAUUAUUAUAAUUAAGAAGUGAAAUAUUCCAUUGGCACGUUCGAGACUCCACAGUGGUUCAGUCGUAGUUCAGAUUAGACUAAUUUAUAUUUUUAUUCAAGGUAAGAAGGUAAAACACAAACGUCGAGGUAGGAAAGAAAGAGGUAGAUUCAGACGCCCAAAAUGUCAGGUAACGACGCACUGCUGAUGUUUGGUCGCUCGUCUUUUUAAUUGAUCAUUUUGUGUAUAUUUUGUUUUUUGAUUUGCUUUUGAGCAGAAAUGUUUUCUAAUGAUAAUCUAUAGCUUUUGGAGUGGAUAAUAUUUGAUACUGAGGAAGUAUGCUGUUAAUAUAUGGGCAACACAAAGUCGUGUAUAAACCACAUAUUGAUACGUUGUUAGGGGAUAUUCAAGCUGUUUACUGUAUGGAGGUGAAUAAAGUUGUUUUUUUUUUUUUUCUUUAAAUGAUCUGUUUCAUGUUCAUUUUUAAAAAAUAACGAGACAAAGAAUUUCUCUUUCACGUUAAAGCAACAGCUUCAGAUUUAUUCACAAAACAAUGCAGUGUUUGAACUCAUGUAGCCAUUACAAACAAACACACAUCCAAGCAUUGACAAUAGAAGACUGUCUCCACUGACUUUAACAAACACAUUAUGCCGGAGUGACAACGAGAGAAAGACGGUUUUAAUUUGAUGUCAAAGGAAAAUAAAGGGGGGUAAGGAUUGUGCUGCUAGAAGCGCGUGUUGGGACUCAAGAGAAGCUACGUUUCUGUAACUUGGAAAAUAUUGAAUAAAAUAUUCAAAUACA